UUGAGCUUCAUUCCUCUUUCUUUCUCCCUUCUCCCUUCUUCACCAGUGAACGUCACUCGAGGGGUUCCUUCUCUAUCCAUCUCUGUCUUCGAAAGCCCAUACUGCCUCACAUCUAGCUUAGUCACCUCCUGUCGCACGAGACCCUCCUCAAGAUACCUUCCAAGAGAUUGAUCGCGAAGGCAUUUGGGCUCGGUCGACUUUUACCCCCUUAUCGAACCUCUGCCACCCCCCCUUCGUCCACCAAGGGGAUCUUCCCCCGUAUCGGGACCAAAUUGAAGCAGGUACAGCGUCGAAGUGCAUACAACUGUUUCCUCAAACCAGUGUCCAGCUGUCAAUCGUACCAACAAAAAAUUGAGCCCCUCAGGAAGUCAUUCCGAACAGACGACUCCCUGAGAGACUUCCGAACACGACUAGUGAAAUCCAUUUUGAUAUUAAGUUACACCAUGUCUAAAGCUACCUCCGGAGAAGCAUCGGUACCUUCGCCCACCCAAUCUUUCUCGGAAUAUCUACCUUUUUUGACUGCCGCUCUAGACCGUCUCACCACCAAUGCCGCCUCUCUGCCCGACAAGACCGAUCUAAAUUUUCAUCGAAGUCUCGAUAGAAGGUUCAACAAGGAUGUAGAGAAGACAAGCGAGAGGCUACUGGGUAUGACUGAGAGGAUACUGGAUCUUAUCGAAAGGAGUCAAAAAGAAGCCAGACAGGGUAGAGAUAAAGGGAAAACAGCUAAAGUGAUGAUAAGGCGGAGGAAGUUGGAAGACCAAGAUGACAUAAUAGAUGGGUAUAGAGGUGCAGUACAGGGUGUAAUAGACGGUUUGCUUGAAGAUGCGGAUAUCAACCUUGAUGAAUUGAGAGGAGGCAAGGGGAAAACGUCUGUUACAGUCAAGCCUGCCCUGGUUGCCCAAGCUGGUAAAAAAAUUCCCGGCCCAUUCACUGAGCGUCUGCCAGCAAAUAUUAUUCAUGCGUCUGAUCUCACCAAACCUCAGCUUCUCUUCCAUGACGCUCCUGACAAUGCUCGGACUUCUGAAUCCUGGAAGCCGUCUCUAACGACCAAGCCCCAUGCUAUGGUCCCUCUUGGAUUCAAGGCACCUCUCGAUUAUGAGUUGACCUCGGAAGAAGAGAUGGACCCGUCAAAGGCAGCUCUAAGACGCGAGAAAGAGAUUCGCGCCCGAACGCACCCCUAUUAUUAUGAAACUAAACACUUACCAUACCCCACUUCAUUGUUUAUUGAUUCAAAGCCUGUACCCCCUCAGAGCUUCGAUGAGACGCCUUUCGAGUUUGUCGACACGCCGGAAAAACUUCAUCGAAUGGUUGAAAAACUCAAGCAGGCAAAAGAAAUCGCUGUUGAUCUGGAGCAUCACGACAUGCGAAGCUAUGCGGGUUUCACUUGCUUGAUCCAAAUUUCGACUAGAGAAAGCGAUUGGGUCGUAGACACGCUGGCGCUCAGGAAGGAAAUCCAGCAAGAUAAGUUUGGAGACGUUUUCACCGACCCUACUAUUGUCAAGGUCUUUCAUGGUGCCGAUAGUGAUAUCAUCUGGCUCCAACGGGAUUUCGAAAUCUUUGUGGUCAAUUUGUUCGAUACAUAUAGCGCCUGUGUCGUCCUUGAAAUGCCACAGCGAUCUCUCUCAGCCCUUCUUCAGCAUUAUUGUAACUUUGAGGCCGACAAAAGAUAUCAGCGGGCCGAUUGGCGAAUUCGUCCUUUGCCAGAUGGCAUGUUGUAUUACGCUCGAUCUGACACCCAUUUCCUCCUUUUUAUCUACGACAAUCUGCGCAACGCCCUUCUUCACAAGUCUUCUCGUCCUUCUUCGCCAGCUAACUGUGGUACUAUCGUCCUGGAUAGCGCCAGGCCUAAUCCUCAAGAAGCUAUGCGCGAAGUCCUUGGCAAGUCUGCUGAUACGGCAUUGAAAAUGUAUGAAAGAGAUUCGUACGAUAUAGUGACGGGGCGAGGUUCUGGGGGUUGGCUGGCUGCAGGGAAAAAGUGGCUACCUAAAGGAGAGAUUGAGCAAGAGUCUGGCUGGGUUUGGAGACAUUUGCAUGAUUGGCGAGAUAGAGUGGCGAGAGAGAUGGAUGAAAGUCCUUUCUAUAUUAUGCCCAACAAUAUGUUACGAGAUGUUAGUACGGCUGAUAAUACCGCCAACCUCAGUCGUAUAAUCAGAAGAGAUCGAGCUCCUAUUGCUGCUCAGUAUAUUCCUGAAAUUACAUCUAUCAUUGUCGCCGCGAAGGAAAAAUUCAAGGAAAUCACGGCUGAGCGAGCAGCUAAUCCUCAAGUUCAGGAGAUGGAGAAGAUAGGAGUGAAGGAAAUCGGAGCGAAUGAUGUGAAGAAGGUCCCGGUUGCGGCACUGGCCGUUCCAUCUGUACCCCUAGCAAGCACCACCUCAAAUAUAUGGGACGUCGCUGCUAAACCUACCUCUACUAGAACAAAUGCCAAGUCAGGUCUUUUCGGCUCUGCCAUCAAAUUCUCUCAACCGAAGCAUGCUUCGGGUUAUAUUACCGCUUCAAAAUCAGGGCAAUCAGCUUUGUUCGGGGUGACACUAGACCGAGCAAGCAAUCAGAAAUCAUCAUCUGCUGCUUUGACCCUCCGUGAGAGGGAAUUAUCCCCCGGUUUCCUCAAGGUCAUGGAAUCUAUGCGCAUGGACUUACAUCCCAAGGGUAUGACCUCGGGAAGCAGCGAAGGCGAUGGUAAAAUGGGGCUGAACCCUGAAACCGUGCCGUUUAUCCCUUCCAACCAAAGAAAGACGACGGCGACGUCUUCCUUGGAAGUGAGGGGGAAGAGACCCUUAGGUUUGACGUCGGAGUCAGCGCACCCCCAAUCCGGCCAGAAAGCCAGCUCCUCCACCGCAUAUGCACCAACUUCCGGUAUCCCUUCAACGCUCAUCAAAGAAAUGUCUCCUCAAAAGUCAUCAAAAUCUGGAACAGUUGAUGAGGGCGUUGUUCAGGUGAAAAAAUCAAAAAAACAAAAGAAAAGAGAGCGAGCUUCUACGACCGAUAGAGCCGGCGAUGACAGCGAUAGUAAAAAGGCAAAGUUGGGCACUGACGGCGAUGGAGAGUUCGGUGCUGCCACGCCGCCAGCUCAGGCCGUAAUCCCGUCUGUUGAGCUUUUGAACACAGUAAUUGUUGGGGAGGGUGGCAACGCAAAUAAAAGUACAGCUUCCAAGAACAAGAAGAAGAAGGUGAAGCCCGAAGAUAUACCAGCAUUUGAUUAUGCCAGCCAACCUAAUUUGUUGGAUCAACCACACUCUGUGAUCGCCCAGGAUGAUGCAAAGAAGAAGAAAAAGAAGUUCAAGGAAGCAAGGCCUUCAGGAGCUGGGAUCGUUGAGGUACCGACGUUCGGGGCGAGACCUGCGAGAGACUUGAGCCAGCCUAAGCAGGGUAAUAAGUCUGGGACCUUUGCUAGAUAGACAGGGAUCUAAAGACGUAAUUUGCAAAUUUGAUGAGUUUAUGGAUUAACGGAGAUGGCUUCACAGCUCGCGUGCGCUGCAUUGCACUGAGACAUGUCACAUACGAUCUCAACAAGUUGGUGGCAAUCUUCUUGCCUCUUGCCUCAUUAUCUAAUGGCUACUACUUAUAUGCUAUAUGGCUCUAUAAAAUACUCUUCUAGAAGCAAAUAAAUGAAGCUUGCGCGAUCCAAUUUUUUGAAUUGUUUUCGCCAGUUACCAUUUUAUAUUCUACUAGCCUUCAAACCUGUACCGUUGGAUAAGCAGUCUCUCCAACGCUUUAACUACAAA